UUCACCGAUGUUCUUGGCAAGGGCGCGUCGAAGACUGUGUACAGGGCGUUCGACGAGUACCAGGGGAUGGAGGUGGCGUGGAACCAGGUGAAGCUGCACGACUUCCUGCAGAGCCCCGAGGACCUGGAGCGGCUCUACUGCGAGAUCCACCUCCUCAAGACGCUCAAGCACCGCAACAUCAUGAAGUUCUACACCUCCUGGGUCGACGUCUCCCGCCGCAACAUCAACUUCAUCACCGAGAUGUUCACCUCCGGCACCCUCCGCCAGUACAGGCAGAGACACAAGAGGGUGAACAUAUGGGCGGUGAAGCACUGGUGCCGGCAGAUCCUCAGCGGCCUGCUGUACCUGCACAGCCACAAUCCGCCCAUCAUCCACCGGGACCUCAAGUGUGACAACAUCUUCGUGAACGGCAACCAGGGCGAGGUCAAGAUCGGCGACCUUGGCCUGGCCGCCAUCCUCCGGAAGUCCCAUGCCGUCCACUGCGUUGGCACGCCGGAGUUCAUGGCACCGGAGGUGUACGAGGAGGAGUACAACGAGCUGGUGGAUAUUUACUCAUUUGGGAUGUGCGUGCUUGAAAUGGUCACGUUUGAAUAUCCAUACAGCGAGUGCACACACCCAGUGCAGAUCUACAAGAAAGUGAUCUCUGGUACUAAGCCAGAAGCGUUGUACAAGUUGAAAGAUCCAAUGGUGAGGCGGUUUGUUGAGAAGUGCCUGGCGUCGGCAUCUCAGAGACUCUCAGCGAGAGAGCUGCUUGAGGACCCCUUCCUCCGCAUUGAUGACAUGGCUUUUUCUUCAGAGGAUGGGGAUUAUAAUGUCACAACCAGAUAUAUUCGGCAGCCUUCAUCCUUAGGGCAUACCUAUAGCAAUGGCUCAAUGAUGAGUAAUGGAUUCUCAGACAGCAUUGAUGAAGACGCUCUGACUGAAGAUAGAUGGGACUGCGAGGAUGAUGACAUGAAAGGCCAAGAUGGCAUCGACCUCUUCAACGAGCACGAAGAUGAGCCUCUUGGCAAUGUGGAUAUCACAAUCAAAGGGAGAAAGAGCGAAGAUGGAGGCAUCUUCCUCAGACUACGAAUCGCUGAUAAUGAUGGGCGGGUGCGCAACAUCUAUUUUCCUUUUGAUGUUGAGGCUGACACGGCACUAAGCGUCGCAACAGAAAUGGUAGCCGAGCUGGAUAUAAUUGACCAUGAAGUUACUCGAAUAGCUGACAUGAUUGAUGGCGAGGUCAGUGCAUUGGUGCCAGAUUGGAGGCCUGGUCCGGGCAUAGAGGAAGCUCCUGAUACUUCAUACUGCCAUAAUUGUGGAUCCAACGUGUCAUCGUGUGGUUCACUUUAUGCCUACAUGUCAUCAGCCCGUCGAGGUUGUCAAUGUGCGGAGCUACAUGGACGGUUUGAGGAGAUCACGUUCCAAGCCGACGGAGAGCAGUGUGAUUUGCAAGAAUCUGCAGGAAGCUCUGAUGAUGGAGGUGGCCAGACAGAGCAUUACGUCAAAAGCAAGGAUUCCACUCACACGAAUGGCUUCGUGCAGAUGGGUAGAAGAAAUCAUUCUAAUCAGCUUUGCUUUAGUUCUUUCCAAGAGCAGUCAUGCUCAUCCAAUCAUUAUGAGAAUGACACUAACCCUCACAUGAAUGGGUUCGACAUGAAGCAUGAGGUAAAGAUUGCCAAGUACAAAGCACGGAAAAUGGCACAGUUGAAGAGGGCUAUCCAUCCAUCUCUUGAUUUCGACAAUGCAUAUGGAGUAAGUAGGAUGAAGCCUUCACUGAACAAGCUGCAAUCUUUCCAUGUCGGAAAGAACCACAAUUUUCGUGUACCGACAUGUGACCGAAGCCCGGAUAAAGGAAGCAGCGAUUAUCAUUCUAACAUGAUCAAACAAGCGUGGCAGAGCAAGCACCCCGAUCCGGGAGCCCAGAGGGCCCGGCAUUGUGAGGUCGACACUGCUGGGAGCAAUCCGGACUGUACAUUUACAGCCAGGCGCUACUAUACCGGGGCUCAGCUGCCACCAAAUCUUCCAAGGACCAGAUCUGUACCCCUGAAUGCCGUCGACGCCUGAAAUGCUUUCUUGCCCUGUAAAUUUUAUAGAGUGUACAUUUGUUUUGGUUCUUUUUGUGUCCAUUAUGAAAUAUAGUUGUUGGGCAAGAGACUGAAUGUGACUGGGGGUUGUCUGUAGAUUAAGGCUGAGCUUUGUCUAAAUUUUUCAUCAUGUGAAUGCAGAGGCCAGAGAGGUGGUUAGGCUGUACAAGUGCAAUCUGCAUCAUUUACCCCCACUGGGAUAUCCUGUUUUAUCCUCAAUAUAGGCAACCCCUCCUGUUUCAUUAAA